AUGAGGGAGCCCAACAUUCCGUCGGUGGUAGCUCCCGAUGCUGAGCUGGUCAUAGCGUUGUCGGCUCCGACAAUACUUCCUUCUGUCGAAGUACCAUCGGUUGGAGUAGAGACAACAAGAGAUGAAGAUGCCACGGCCGUCAUGACAGUUGUAGCAGCCAAGACAACAUCGAUUCCGGUUCCAUCAGCGGGGGUUCAAGCCGAAUUUGCAGUCGCGGCCGAACUAGAAUCGUCUGCUGCCAUGCAGACCAUUCCUCAAGUGCCUCUGGCUGGGCCGACACGAUCUCGGGCACAGUCAAACUCCGACUUUAUGAUGGUUUCGAGCGAACGACCGCCAACUAGAAAGCGGGGAAAGGCGCCGGCCUUCUCUGCCGAGGAUGGAUCAUCGACGGGUCUCCCUACCCUCUUCGACAUCCAGAUUCUAGUCGGUGAGUCAGUUUCGGCCACUCCGAUGCUGGCCAAGCGGUUCACCGAGACUGCUCUUCUCCCGACUGACAGGGAGAAUAAGAAAGAUCGGACUAUGUUCGAGAUAUUUUCUUCCUUCUAUCCGACGAUCCUCAAAGGAAUAGACCCCACGUCCACCGCCAACCUCUUCUCAGAAGCAGUGUGCAUCGGCGAGAAGAUCAUCAACGGCGAUGAGUGUUUCAUCCUGAAGCUAGAAGCGAAUCCUGCAACCCUGAGGGCACGGAGCUCCGCCACCUUCGAAAUCAUCCACCACACCAUCUGGGGCUACUUCAGCCGGCGCAUAGGCCUCCUCAUCCACCUUGAGGACUCCCACCUCCUCUGCGUGAAGUCCGGUCGCUGCGGGGAGAGCAUCUUCUGGGAGACCGGCAUGGAGUCGGUGACCAAGGACUAUUGCUACAUCAACGCCAUCAACAUCGUCCAUGCUGGCGAGACUCACGUCACGCCGUUCCGCUAUGCAUGGGUUGCGCUCACUGAACCACAAGAGAAAGAUGGUGGAGAUUGGAGCAUGCAGGAAGUGGACUUCAACACAUGGGGAUGGGGGCUGUCCACGGAGGUCCUCCUACCGCCGGCAGACUUCAAGAGGGAGGAAGUAGGUAGAGUCCUACCGCCGGCAGACCUCAAGAGGGAGGAAGUAGGUAGGACUCUGUAA